UUGGGUUGUUCUGUGGCGCACCUUUUCUCAAUGCCUUUGGGUAAUACAAUGGUUGCACACAGCCUUCUCACGGUUCUGUUGAUUAUGGCUGCAAAUGCUUAUGAUAAUCGUCUUAACGAGAUCAGAUCUGUUGAUGACUACUUAAAUAUAUGCAUGAACGGCACGCAUCACAAGAAAGCACCAAGUCCAGAACCGACGGAUGAUCAUAUUUGCACUGAUUGGGCAUCGAUGUCAUGCUGCGAGCACAAAACAAUGCGAAGUGUUCAGGAAUCGCUUCUGUACAAUUUCAAUCACUCUCACUGCAAACCCAUGAGCCCAAAAUGCAUGGACAUGUUCAAAAGAGAGUUAUGCUUCUACGAGUGUUCACCGCAUGUCGGCCCUUGGCUUGUCAAAACCCGAAGCCGGAGGCGAAUGGAAAGAAGUUAUCAUGUCCCUCUGUGUGAGGAAGAUUGCAACAUGUGGUAUGAGGCUUGCAAGAUUGAGGAGACUUGCGUCAGGGAUUGGUCCGUUGAAUUUGAAUGGUCUAAAGGUAUGAAUGUGUGUCCAUCAACUAGCGCAUGCGAGCUAUUCUCGGACGUUUACAAAAAUGCCAGUGAUUUUUGCCACGCGAUCUGGGAUGGGGGAUGGAAAGUGGAAAAGGCCCCUAGGUGCAUGCAUUUUGUCGCAGUUGAUGAACGGUCCAAGGAACACAACCAACGCGUCGCUCGACAAGCAGCCGAAGAAAUAAUUCGACGAUUAUCUGGCACCUCUUCAGCUUAUUCACAGUUCAGCGGAUUAGUCUUUCUCCUAUCAUCCACAAUUCCACUGGUCUUCGGAACCCGUUACUAAGUACAAUUUUCCAAUACGUGCUUACGGUCAUACUCCCAUAUAUGUAGCUUCCGAGUGUUAGUUUCUGUACAAUUUCUGUUCCCUGAUUCUAACUUUUUAUUUCUGACUUGAAAACCUUGGAUUCUAAUGCUAUUCUGCUACACCGCAUUGUUUUGCUGAACCCGAAAACGGAACCCACAAAACACGAAUUGUGCGAAUCUUUGUUCAUCUGAAGGAACUCAGCUGUUGUUAAAUUCGAA